AGUGGUUGUCCCUCUGGCUCUGGAUGGGCGAAGCAGGAGCAGCCAUCCUCUCCUCUUUACUUUAUAAAGUCAGCUUCAGCCCCUGAGUUCACCGUCACCCCUGGAGUGUGUGUGGGUGGAUGUGUGCGUGGAUGCUGGGGAGGUGUGAGGGUGUGUGUGUGUGAGGGUGUUCCGGGGUGAUGUACUCUCCAUAUCAAGGCCGUGAGGAGUUGGAGGAUGAUCUCUACCAAGAGCAAGACAAUGAUGACUCUGAUGGGUCGGAGGCCUACAGUGAGAUGGAGUUCCGCCUCUACAGCCAGCUCCACUACUCCUCCAAUGCUGGGGACAUGGAGGACAGAGGUGAGACACCGGAGGACCAGGACAGCCAGGAGCCGGAGGUGACGGUAGAUGCUGACGGAGAACCGGCACCCACUGAAGAUUGUGGACCUCCUUCAUCGGAACAACAACUCCUGAAGAAGAAGAAGGUGGGAGAGAAACGUGAUAAGCAGAAGAAGGGGAAGAGUGAUCCUAAAGGUCAUAGGUCGUCAUCUUCAGUCUUUGAGGAGGUCAUCGUCAUUGACUCCAGCCCGGAUGUUAUCUCUAUCUCCGAGGACGACACUGCUGACGAUGAAGGCGUCUGUGUCAUGAAGGGUCAAGGGUUGCACCGGCUGCAGACGUCCACCCCAACACAUCAGGGGGGCCAGAAAAGGGAGACGAGUCUCAAUGUGCCAGUGAGCGUUGACUCCAGCAGUUCAGAAUCGGAUUCAGAAGAGUCCAACUCGGAGUCUGACUCCUCAGAAUCAUCGGAUUCAGAAUGUCUGGAACACUGGAUGAUCCUGGGCCGAGGGAAGGAUGCCGAAGACCUGUCCAUCUCACUCAACCUGGAGGGAGGGUCUAACAGCAGCACAGGUGUGUCUUUGGAUGCUGAAGAAGAGAAGGAGAGCACCUGGGUCGUCUCCAACAAGGACAAAGACGCUCAGAUCUACAACAAAGACAAGGGUUCCAAGACAGUGGCGCAGCGGGUUCCCAACAGAUACUACACCAACAAGAGCGUCCAAUGUCAUAACUGCAGCAAGACGGGGCAUCUCUCUAAGAACUGCCCCGAGCCCAAGAAGUUGUCGUCCUGCUUCCUGUGUGGCACCCGCGGCCACAUGGCCAUUGAGUGUCCCAAUAAGCACUGCAACAACUGUGGCUUACCGGGUCACCUGUACGCGUCCUGCAGCGAGAGGCCGUACUGGCACAAACAGUGUCAUCGCUGCAGCAUGAAGGGACACUUCUUUGACGCCUGUCCAGAGAUCUGGAGACAGUACCACAUCACAAACAAGACGGGUCCUCCUGUGAAGCAGCGGGAAGAGGACAAUGGCAGAUCUCCUGCCUUCUGCUUCAACUGCUCCAGGAAAGGACACUUUGGACACACGUGCGCACGGCCGAGGAUGUUCAACGGGACGUUUGCCACCGUCCCUUUCAUCAACCACUACGACUCUGUGGAGGACGUCAACCGCAGAGAGCACCGGCUCAAGAUGAGGGUUCGAGAAUUAAAGAAAAACGGUUGUUUAUUCAACACCCUCCAGACCCCUGGCACACCAGAACAGCCAAAGAAGAGACAGAAAUUCAGCCACCAAAACAACCCACAGCAAACCACCCACAGCCACAAACCCAGUGGCAGCCACAUCUUUUUUAGUGACAAAGACUUUAGGGACACAGCACCGAAAAAAAAUAAGUUCAACAAGAUCAAACCCCAGCAAACCACUGGCAAUGGGAAACCGUGGAAACCCAAGAGACCCGUGCCCACGUCAAGAGACCCGCUCCCGUCAAAGAAACACCUCUUUGAUGAAGCAGAUGACUUUCCCAGAGGACGAGGCCAAGGAGAGAACACGGAGAAGAAGAGCAGGAGGAAAAAGAUCAAGAAAUCAAACGAUGGCCCCAACAAGGGACACAGAGACGGCAGACCUGACCGUCUCUGUCGGACUGUAACUGGUGCGAAGAAAGGGUCCGGCUCAAAGCAGGAGGUCAGAGAGAGCAGCAGGAAGAGGAGUAAUCGAGCCCGAAGCUUCGCCCACAAACAAAAAGGCGAUGAUUCAUCGAUGUAUCCAACGGAUGAGAACCUGUUUAUCAUCAAACAGAGACGGAAACGCAAAAGAUAGCAUCAGUAUGAGGGGGGUGUGGGUGUCAAGAGGCUGUCAGGGCUGGGAUCCAUAUGAUCAGUGGUGAUAAUGUAUUAUCACAUGACUCAGAUCUCACUGCCACAGUCACCAGUUCUGCUGAUGGUGCACAAUCGGACAGGUCACAACAGGAAAAGCACAGAUGUAAAUUAUCAAAUGAUUCGCUUCACUGACUUACUGGGACAUUUGAUUAGAUUGGAGACAUUGUUAAAGGAGAUUUUCACAAUUACAAUCUGUCUUACAAAGAUAUGAACACUGGCCAUUAAAAUAUCCUAAAUUCUUACUGUAUAUUCUACGUAAGAGAUAAAUUUAUGGCCUCAUUCUGUGGAGAAACUUUAUCUAAGUAAUAUGAAGCAUCAGAGUUUGAUAACUUGAAAGUAAAUCUUCCAAUGUUUUUUUUCUGUUCCCAUCUUUCCACUGAAACUGAACAGGGUUAGUCAGGAAAACAAUCUUUAAUGGCAGUAGAUGUGGAAGAUAAUGAACCUAUUUGAUUUGUCCACCUCAAACUAAAGUCUCAUGUGAGUUUUAGACUUCAAUACAUUUCUACACAAAAUGAGAACUGCAGAUUUUGUUCCCGAUCUCAAGACAGUAGUAUGAAUAUCACAAAGUAAACAGCAAGCAAACAUUGUUUCUGCACUGAUCAACCAGACGUGACAGGCAACAGGGAAACAAUACUUCAAAUUUAAAAAUAACAGUGAAUCACAUGACUAAUGUUUUAAAACAGGCCAUGGUUACUCAUCAUCUGCCACAACGAUAAAUCUAGAAAUCCAUUCUGUGAUGAUUAGUGAUCAGUGUAUGAUUACAUUGUCCCCAGAUUCAAGUCUGAACAAGGGGGAAAUAUCUAAACUUUAAAUCUUUACUUAUCUUAAUUACUUACUACUUUAUCUGUGCUUUCCUGCUAUGACCAGGUACCUUUGUGUUCCUGUGUUUGACCCUGUACUCCAAGCUGCCUUUUCAUUGUUUCCCCCUGUGGUCAAUGUAAGAAUUACAGCCCCUAUUUAAACUGAGGCAUGGCUUCAUGACCUUUUAAGAAGUGUUCCAGUCACUGUUUGACAUUUUGGUACCAGCACCAGGAGUUCAUGCAGUUAGUUCAACAGUAAUUCUGUUUAAUAACAACAUUACAUUGCUAAUAGACAUAAAGAGAGAAUUAGUCAUUUAGUUUCAGCACCCUAUUUCAAUGGAUAAUUAAUAGAUAAUGGUUAGAAAAAUGUUGUAGCCAUUAUCAUAUUCUUUCAAUUUGUUCACAGGAAUUUCUGCUCAUUGUGAAUUUGAAUAAAAGCAGACGGCUCAUUGAAGUACAGUAUUAUGUUUUGCCUCUGCUCUGAUCAUCAUUUUAAAUUUUGGAUUACAAUGCUUAAUUUAUGAAUAGCAGGGUGUCUUUUUUCAACAACAUCCAUUAAUUUCUGAAUUAUCGUAAGAUAGGAAGAUACUAUACAUAUUUUUAAAGCUGCUUAUUUGUGUCUUCACCAGUUCUUGUGGGAUCUGGAUUUCAUAUAUCACUGACAUACAGCCCUGACGGUUUUAACUUUUAUACGCCCACUAUGUAAAUUCAGUUAUUUAUCUUAUUUGCUGUGGUUAUAACAUGAUAACGCACAAUGAGGGAGUGGAAGAUGAGAUAACGUGAACAUUGGUUAACCAACAUCUCUGUGGAAAAAUAAAACUUGAAUCUGCUUCAUCUGACUACUUCUGUGAUUCAGGAAGAGAUAUCAGAGUCGCAAGUUUUUCA